AGUUAAACCCGUUAGAUUCAAAUCCGCUCCAUCAUCUCAUCUUCUCUCUCUAGACAAUUUGAUAUCCCCUACCGUUAAACCCCCACAGAGAAUUCCUGCUGCGUUUCCUCACUGUUGCCUUUCCCCGCAAAAUUGAGCUUGAGAAACGGAGAUGGAGCAAGGCUACAAUCCUCGGACUGUUGAAGAAGUGUUUAGGGAUUUUAAGGGGAGAAGAACUGGACUCAUCAAAGCCCUCACCACAGAUGUUGAAGAAUUUUUCCAACAAUGUGAUCCUGAAAAGGAGAAUUUGUGCUUGUAUGGGUUUCCCAGUGAGCAAUGGGAGGUCAAUUUACCUGCUGAAGAGGUACCCCCGGAACUCCCUGAGCCUGCGCUGGGAAUCAACUUUGCUAAGGAUGGGAUGCAAGAAAAGGACUGGUUAUCUCUAGUGGCUGUCCACAGUGAUGCAUGGUUACUUUCUGUCGCCUUCUACUUUGGUGCCAGAUUCGGAUUUGAUAAAGCUGACAGGAAGCAGCUUUUCAACAUGAUCAACGACGUCCCUACUGUGUUCGAAGUUGUCACAGGUGCUGCCAAAAAACAGCAGAAGGAAAAAUCUCUAGUCUCAAACAAUAGCAGCAACAAGUCGAAGUCCAACUCCAAACCACGAACGAUUGAAAGUACACAGACGAAGUUCUCAAAGCCACAACCAAAAGACGAAGAGCCAAACGAUGACGAUGAGGGACUAGAUGAGGAAGACGAGGAUGAACAUGGGGAAACACUAUGCGGUGCCUGUGGAGAGAACUAUGCAUCAGACGAGUUCUGGAUCUGCUGCGACAUAUGCGAGAAAUGGUUUCAUGGCAAAUGCGUGAAGAUCACUCCUGCCAGAGCUGAGCACAUCAAGCAGUACAAGUGUCCAUCGUGCAGCAACAAGAGAGCUCGCCAGUAGCCGUCGCAUAGACUGCAAAUCCUUAGGUCUGUACCUAUUCCAAAACUGGUUAAUUAUUUCCCAUCCUUGUUCUAAGAUAUCAAGGCCUAACCUGUGAAUGUGCACUAUCUUAUUGGGGAAUCUUUUUUAUUGGUAUAUUAUUAUUAUUAUUUGUUGUAGGAUUAAGGCUUAACUUAUUUCUCUUUUAUAUGAAGUUUUAACUUCUUUCUAA